AAGUUUUUAUUACAAAGCAGAACAAGAACUCAAUCACUACAUUACUCAAACAACCUUCAAGCUUUUUUAUUCAAAAAAACUCAAUCAUGUCGAACAACUGCGGAAGCUGCGACUGUGCUGACAAGACCCAGUGUGGGAAGAAGGGAACCAGCUACAUCGUCGACAUCGUCGAGACUCAGGAGAGUUACAAGGAGGCCAUGAUCAUGGACGUUGGUGCAGAGGAGAACGACGCAAAUUGCAAGUGCAAGUGCGGAUCCACCUGCAGCUGCACCAACUGCACUUGCUGCCCCAACUAAGAAAGUUCCUUUUUUUUAAUAAUAAAAAUGUAAUAUGAAUAAAAUUUGAUGUGAGCUCAUCUAUUGAGCUCAUAUCUCUCUUGUGAAUCUUGGUAUGAUGUGAUGUAAUGGGUUAUGGCCACCUUAUCCUCCAAUACAUCCUAUUUCUAUUA